AUGGCUUACCUAUACGUUGAUUAUCAAAAAAAAGGCAGAUUUGAUGAGAAUCGAACAGGUGAUGGUUCGAUAUGGAGUAGAGCCAAGCUCAGUCUUGGGCUCUUGGGAACGGAAAUGGACUACAUCACUGAUAAAUUGAGUUCCGAAUUCGUCUUCAGAAAUCCAAACAUCAAAGGCACGUGUGGUUGUGGCGAAUCGUUUCAGUUUAUGACCGCCUGUGCAAAACUAGUCUUGUCAGUAUAUUUGACCAUAUGUGAUUUACGUAGAGUAGGUAGAUAUGCUCUAAGCUAG